GCUGUGUCUGGUUAUUACCUAGACACACAGCUGGUGGCUGGGUGAACCCAGCUGAGAACGUCUGGGUCUGGUUCACCCUCAGCCAGAGGGAGACUCCUGGGGUGAAGCCGCACCUCCUUCGAGGCUGACACAAACUGGUGAGCUCAAGGGAGGACACUGAUAUCCCACUGCUGGCAUCAUGAUGUCAGUUGGCCUCCUUAACUGCCCAGAUAAGGAGUGGUUUUUUGAGGCUGUCAUUGAGUGCCUCUGGAACAUAUUGAACAGCGAGGAACUCCUACACCUGCUGACUGAAGUCCUAAAUAGAUUUGAGAAGGAGGAAAAUUUAUCAAGGGGAGAGUCAGCUGCACUACGCGAAUACCUGGAUGACCUGAAGACACUCUUGGCCCUCAAGGACAAAUACAGCCUGCUAAAGGAGAAGCUGAAUAGGAAGAGAUUUUUAAAGAAGUUUCCUCAGGUGAAACGGGAGCUUGAGGAAUGCAUAGGAAAGCUCUGUGCACUUGCAGACAAGGUGGACAAGGUUCACAGGGACUGCACCAUCACCCAGGUGUCAGGCACCUUGGCUGGUGUUGCGUCUGGCAUCCUGGCCAUCGCUGGCCUGGCUCUGGCACCUGUGACAGCGGGGGUCAGUCUGGCACUCUCGGCAACUGGGUUAGGGCUGGGGGCUGCAGCUGCCGUGACCGGUGUGACCACGAGUGUUGUGGAACGUGUUGUCACGUCGUCAGCAGAAACUGAAGCCAAUGACCUAAUCUCACCUGCCAUCAACAGAUGGAAAGCGGUUAAGGAGGUUUUACUGCAGAGCCGGCCCCAAAUUGUUUCUGCAGCAGAGAUACUCAGAGAAGUGCAACAGAUUGAAAAGUAUAUCUGGGCCAUCGAGCUGCUCAGAGCCAACCCUGGCUUAGCAGCAGAUGUGCAGCGCUUCCUGACCACUGGGCAACUCUCAGUCCAAAGCAGCAGGCAGGUGCAGGAAGUUCUUAAAGGCACAGCUCUGGCAAUGAGCACAGGAGCCCGGGCCAUUGGUAUGGCCGCUACAGGUUUCUCCCUUCUCCUAAACAUGGGUUUCCUGAUGAAUGAGUCAGCGAACCUGAUUUCGGGGGCAAAGUCAGAGUCUGCUGUACGGCUAAGGCAGCGGGCCCUGGAUCUGGAGAGGAGGUUGGAGGAGCUCACUCAGAUCUAUGAGAUUCUGCUGUAGGGUCCGACUCCCGUCCAGUCCCACGAUCCAGAGCAGUGCAGGGAGCAGAGGCAUGUGAGUGAUGAAGACGCAGAGGUAUCUUUUAAAAGGGGAAAAGGGGACAAGUAAAACUUAUGGACUUAGGUGUGAAGGAAUGUGUCAUUUACCGGUCUGAUGGCAACCCGGCAGCGAAUCACGCAGGUGGCAGAUGGUGAAAGAGAAGGAAGCAGCCUAGAGCCUGGAAGAAGGGCGCAGGGGGAACGAGAGAGUGAGGGGAAAGGGGAAACCAUGUAUCAUGGACAAAGAAGACCCUGGGGGCCUGAAUAAAGAGAGAGGAUGGAGGAUCAAGCAACCAGAAGGCUGCAAACAGAAAAGAAUAAUAAAUGGAGAAAGUCAAAGAGUUGGGACUCUUGGAUGGUGGGAAGGGGGCAGUGGCU